AUGGUGGCGCCCGCCGUAAGACAAAUUCGUAAUCUGUACCGAUACGACCUUGUUAUGCAGGCUAGGUGGGAUGACUUUGUUCUCGUGGGUGCUUGGGUAAUGGCAGCGAUUGCUGGUGGUUUUAUCAGCGCGUUCGCCUCUCCAGGUUCCGGAAUUUCUAUCGCGAGCGAUGAUAGGGUCAUGACGUACUUCAACAUAUGCUCUGUUUUCUGCGGAUUCGCGUCGGCCUGGUCCAAGUCCUCGUUUUCUCUAACUCUGUUACGUCUCGAGAGCGGUCGGGCGAGAUAUUUCCUUUGGUACGCUCUUGUCACGAUUAAUGCCUCGUACCUUUUAUACGUGGUCACGGCUUGGAAUAAGCCUUGUGGUGCCAAGGGCAGGGAUGACUUGUACAUUCCCGGGCCUUGUUGGAGCUCUACUGCUAAGAUGGCCGUUCCUCUUUCGGUUGUAGUAUAUUCGGCGGCGAUGGACUUCACUCUCGCUUUUUUCCCUUGGAGAAUCGUAUCGAAGACUCAGAUGGUAAGAAAGGAGAAGAUAGGAGUUGCGCUAGCCAUGAGCUUUGGCGUCCUAACAGCGCCGGCGUGA